AUGAGAAUGAUCAGGGCCAUGGGCUGCAAUGCCAUCAUUCUGGCACCCACUGGUAUUUGUAGUCUGCUACUUGUAUUAGUACCAGUUUCAGUACUAUCUGAAGAGGUGGAAGCCAGCAUUGAUUAUGGCACAGAUGUGAGCUACCCAAUGCACUACGGUGUCUUGACGGAUCUUCCCACAGAACGAGAUUUGCUAGGUACACGUACGGAAAAGCAGCAAUUGUACCAGGAGAACUUGGAAGGUUGCUUUGAGUUCUAUGGCCAAGAAGAGGGCAAAGCUAGCUGCAUGUAUUAUGAACAAGCUCGACUUGACAUGAAUCUCCGACAACCUCAGUCCAUGGUCAAUUACACCAAGAAUGGAUUUGUCAAGAUCAGGGCUCCUGAACAAGUCUGGAACAUGGUCCAAGAAUUUUGGCAGCAAAACCAACACAACUUGGAGUUGGAAGAAGAAUGGCCAACGGGAAACAUUUUUGUCAACCAUUGGAAAUCUCCCGUCAAUUUUGUGGCCAUUGAUGAUCCCACAUUGCCAGGAGGAGGCAACAUUAUCAAAACUGCCAUUUGGAAUGCCGCCAGAGAUACACUCGAACAAUGGACCGGAUACACCAUGGCGGAUUGCAGUCUAUACGGCGUCCGAAUCUACCAUGAAAACGCCAUUUUGGCUCCCCAUGUCGAUCGAUUGCCACUGGUCGCCAGUGCCAUUCUCAAUGUCGCCCAAGAUGUCGAUGAACCCUGGCCUCUCGAAGUCAUUGGGCAUGAUCAACGAGCGCACAAUAUUACCAUGGUACCCGGCGAUCUCAUUCUGUACGAAUCACAUUCCAUCAUUCAUGGGCGCCCGUUCCCAUUGAAAGGACGAUUCAUGGCCAACGUGUUUAUCCAUUUCGAACCGGUUGCACCACUCUCCGAACCAAAUCCUGUCUUUACAGGGGAUCUUCCGCCCUACCUAAUUCCCAAUUCACCAGAAGAACCUGUCUGGAGAAAAGCCAAUCCCCAUGGAUGGCAUGCCGUACAAACUGCACCUCCCGCUGAUGGAACCACGGAAGCACAUCAUAUGACAGUAUUGCAAGAUAUACAAACCUUGAGAGCACUCUUGGAUGUGCACCCUCACCUGGCCAACGCCAAAGAUGCCAACGGAUGGACACCCUUGCACGAAGCGGUACGGACCAAACGAGGAGAUCUCGUAGAAUUGCUGGUAGAACAAGGAGGGGCCGAUAUUCAUGCCACUACCAAUGGGGGUGAAACGGUCCUGGGAUUGGCCUAUCACUUUGUAUCGACAGAGGAUCCAAACUAUCAAACACAACCAGAAACACACCCUGUCAUUCAAUACUUGGAAAAUCUGGGAGCCACGCGGGGGAGCCCAGGAAAAAAUAGUCAAGAGUUAUAG